AGGGCUGUCGCUGUUGUGUAUUGUUCAAACAUCCGCUAUUUCCAUUUUGAUUUACUUGCACGGGCAAAAACAUAUGUGUUUUACGUCUCUGAACUGAACAUUAUUUCAUAUACGCGCACAUUUACGCAGCGUAUGCUUCAGAUGAAACUGCUUAAACACCAGGAAAAGAAACAAAGAGCUUAAAGGAACAUCAGAGUACGCGUUUAUUGUUUAUGUACUGCACCGAAGACGUGUCAACAACUCAUGUGAUUCAAUAAUAAGUCUACAUGUGUGACACGUAUUACAUCUAAAUUUCAGCCUGAUGUCACUCAAACCCUGUGAAAGCACGUGAAAGUGUGCCUGUUUAUUCCGUCGGAGCGAACAUGAACACUUGAUGUGCUUCAAUCUGAACUAACUGAACUUUUUACCAUGUGGGCCUGCACUGUACUGUAGUAUGGAGUAAACUCCAAAGUCGUUCACUGGUUUAUUACCCCUGGAGUUUGCCCCGCUGCAUGGUUGGUGGUGCCACCCCCUUCCUGCACCAUGACUGGCAACGGUCGCUCCGGGAAAUCCAAUCCGUUCUGGCCUUUCCCCAGCUUCUGGACACGGCAGGAGAGGGUGACGUUUUCUCGAAGCGAGAGUAUGCCCGGUGAGCCCGUGCUGAAGAUCACCAUCACAGAGACGACAGUGAUCGAAGAUUACUCGGGUGUGUGGAGCUCCCGGGCUCUGGUCUACCUGGUGCUGUGGUACUUCUUCAGUUUCUGUACACUCUUCCUGAACAAAUACAUCCUCUCUCUGCUGGAGGGGGAGCCGAGCAUGCUGGGUGCCAUUCAGAUGCUGACCACUACUGUCAUCGGCUCUGUUAAAAUGUUUGUGCCUUGCCCGCUGUUCCAGCACAAAUCCCGCACUGAAUAUCCCCCCAACUUCCUCAUGAUCAUGCUGUUCGUGGGACUGAUGAGGUUUACGACUGUGGUGUUGGGUUUAGUCAGCCUGAAGAAUAUAGCAGUGUCUUUCGCUGAGACGGUGAAGAGUUCUGCGCCCAUCUUCACUGUAAUCAUGUCACGACUCAUACUGGGAGAAUAUACAGGUUUCUGGGUGAAUAUGUCUCUGCUUCCUGUAAUGGCUGGUCUAGCUCUCUGUACAGCCACUGAAAUCAGUUUCAACAUGCUGGGCUUCUCUGCAGCCCUCUCCACCAACAUCAUGGACUGCUUGCAGAACGUGUUUUCUAAGAAACUGUUGAGUGGGGACAAAUAUAAAUUCAGUCCUCCAGAGCUUCAGUUCUUCACCAGUGCUGCUGCAGUCAUCAUGCUCAUUCCCACCUGGGUCUUCCUCAUGGACAUUCCUGGGCUUGGGAAGAGUGAGCAAAACUUCAAGCUGUCUCAGGAUGUUGUGUUGCUACUAUUGUUUGAUGGCACCCUGUUCCACUUACAGAGCGUCACUGCGUAUGCACUCAUGGGCCGCAUCUCCCCUGUCACAUUCAGUGUUGCGAGCACAGUGAAACACGCUCUGUCCAUCUGGCUGAGCGUCAUUGUGUUCAGUAACUCCAUCACCGUUGUGUCGACGAUGGGGACGGUCAUGGUGUUUGUGGGCGUUCUGCUUUAUAACAAAGCAAAGCAGAUGCAGAGAAAUACUCUCAUCCAGUCAGCAGAAAUGGAGCAGAAACACCUGAUCCAGGAUGGUGUCACGUCUACCAAAUAAACUGAAAAGCUGAUGUUUUAUUAUAUUGAGGCCAAAUACAGAUGCUGGAGAAGCCUUGUUUCAAAUGUAAUUGCAUUUGUUUGCAGAACUGUGCUAUUGAAACUAGCUCCUUCCAUUCGUUUGGGUUUUAGAUGAUGCCUUGAAAUCUGUAUGAUCGUUUCUUCGUGGUUUUUGGGAUCCAUUUAAUUCUCUUUCUUCUGUAAGUGAAAAUAUUGUAUGGUAAAACUAAGGAUCUUAAGAGUUGUUAGGUUUGUUUAAUCCAACACAAGUGUUGAAUAUGUUAUAUGACAUUUUUACAUUUGAGGCUAAAAUUGAACAAAGAAAACCAAUAGGACUAAGAAAUGAGAAAUAAUAUAUUUUGCUUAAAGGAAAUGAAGCCUCUGUUAAGGACUAUUACAAUUUUUUUUGCAUUGACAAGAGCAUGUCUCCCCAAAUUUGCAUUACCGUAAUAUGUCAGAUCUCAUUCAUACAGUUAUGAAAAUCCUCCUGUAUGGACAUGUCAGCCUUUAUAAUAGCAUAAUGUGUACUUGCAGUUGUACUUUACAAUUGUUUUUGAAUAAUAAAUCGUUAUUGCAUGUUUCAGUCAUGAGAGUUUGGGCAGAAAUUUGCUUAAUUGGCACGAACCUAACAUUGCAAAAAAAACUUUAUGGUUCCAGAAGUUUCAUAAAUAUAUGCAUUUCUUUGUCUUUUGGUUUUGGGAUAUUUCUUAGUAUUAUGGUACGGUUUCAGCAUAACCAUCUUUAUUGAGACACAUCAUAUUUGGUGUCUCCUGUGUAACAGAACUUUGUGUAAUUAUUGUAGCAAACCACAAUCUUCGUCCAUCAUUGUGUUUUUCUUACUCCACAAAAAUUGUUGUGGAAACUGAAUGAUUUUUAUGAACAUACAUGAAAAUUUGAGCUAAUUUUGUCAUGUUUCAUUUUUUUGAAAUUUUAGGAUUAUGUCCAGAGUACCAAAGUGCGUGUUAACUUUCACUGUUUGGUUUUUUUCUUUUCGUAGCCAAAUGUCUUUAUUGGGUUACAUUGUAAAAACUGACCAGAUCAGAUAUGACAAAUACUUGCUGAAACUGGUCAAAGAAUAUUGCUGUCUAAAGCAACAAUUACAUAUUGGUUCAUAAAGUUAUUCUGAUUAACUGUGGUGGGAUGUGCAAGAUGAAAUGGGUUUUAAUAAUGUGAAAUGACCACUAAACGUAAUUGUCUGUAUAUGUUUGCGUCAAUCCAACACAUUUUCAUUGAAAUCAUUUCCUAUUAAAUUAUUUAAGUGCAACAUCCGUGCAUUUCCGUGUGCUUAACCUAAAAAACAUUUUGUCCCUCAUUCAGAAGUGGAUUGUGAUUGUUGAUUUUAUGUUUUAAAAGGCAAACAAAUUAUUUUAAUGCUUUGGAAUUUUCCACAUUUUCUUACAAAGUGCAGUUGACCCAUGCACAAACCGUCACUGUCCUGUGUUAAAAGUGGGCUGAUUUAAUCAGCCCUACUCCUCAUUUAAACUGGCCUUUGUACAGAAGCUGCUGAAUAACAGCUGAAAGUGUUGUCUGCAUUAUGAUGUAAUGUGGUGAAAUAUAGGAAAGCAUUCUGUUGCCUUACAUACACUGCUGUAUAUGGGUCACACAGCUCAGGGCGUUCCUACUAGUUCAUGCAUGACUGUGUGAAAGUUAAAUGACUGCUCAUUGUUAUAAUGUUUACAUUAGGUUGUUAUUUGUCACUCUGCUCAUUAGAUUUUUCUAUGUUUGACAGUUUGUUUCAAUGAUGUAGGUUCACUUGUGAUCUGGUUUGUGCUAUAUUUGUUUUACAGACCAAUAAAAUGUUA